UCGAUAGAAUCAAACAUGGCGGACAGGUGAAGGACUUUUUUUCAGACAAUUUUGAUGUUUCCUGCACUCUAGAAAUCAUCGUUGAAUGGAUUUGUGUGAUCCCGUUAGCAUUAUUUUAGUGACAGCCGGUAGCAGAGGACAGAGUCUAUUAUUUCGUUAUCCAUAUUUACCGCCUUCUCAGACUAAGAGGAGAGAAAAAGAAAUCCCCAAGAAUCGUUUCGCCUUAGGUAAAGUCGAAGAGAGUACGGACACAAGAAAUUUUUCUGGAAUCAAAGAUGGUUAUCUCAUUGGAUUUUCUGACAGGACACUGGCAAAUAUUUUGUCGCCAAAAUCUAAUGCAUGUGGUAAUAAAUUUGAGUUGAAAAUUGAUGAGGUAUUAUUUGUGGGCCAUCCAAUGCUGGCUUAUGAAAGACAAGACAGAGAAUUCAAGAGAAGUGAUACCACUUCAAGAAAGGAUGAUGUUAUGAUGAAGCUGUUCAAUGUUGUCUUUGUACUUCAGGCGAGUGUAGAACCCUCUGUUGUUCACUGUUACCAUGACUUAUCCAAGAGAAUAGCAAUUGCUCUAAGACAUGAGGAGAUAAGAUGUAGAUAUCUGAGCUCUGAAAGGGAAAUUAUUCUUUCUGUUCAUGACGAAAUGGCAACGAUGCCUGAAGUAUUGGCCCUCUUACUGCCCGAGUCAUGUAAUAAUUUUUGUAAGAAGACUGUGAGUGAAGACAUUAGUCUGGUUUUGUUUCCUCUAUGCUUCUCUUUUCUUGUGUUUGACUUCAGCUUGUGUGCUUCUGGAAUUGUAAGACUGAAAAUCAAUGACUGGGUGAAUGUUAGCUUUUGCCUUCCACACAAAGUUCACAAUUUGAACCAGGGAACCAUUCACAUUAAGCCUGAAGCUAUACACAAAUCCCUUGCAGUAAUCAGGCCAUAUCAUACCCUGCUUUUUCUUGUAGACAAGGGUUAUCUACAAGCCUCCCUUGCUGGGGACUGUUCCCCAGCCAUCACACGGCUGGUGAGAAUAGCCAGUCCGCUGAAAAGCUUCCAAACAUUAUCACAAGACACAGAUAUUCCCUUAUCUCAGGUUUUCGCCAUAGCAGCCCAUCUGGUGUACUGGGGAAUGGCAACUAUCAUCUAUCCGCUCUGUGAGAGUAACGUGUAUGUCGUCGCACCAAAUUCCUCCACAAGCAUGUGGAUGUUACAACGAAGGCUUUUAAUACAGUUGCACACCUACGUGUUCCUGAUACCGAAUGUUCAGUCCGAGAAGAGGUGUAACGGCCAAAGGGGAGGCCUGGGUCUUGGGGGACGAAGGGUUCACUGGAUAUUUGGAAACAAUACCCCGGAUGGCCUAUCGUCCUUUGACGCUGACCAACAGGAGCCCGUUGAAAAUGAAGAGCAUUCAGAAUUAGGAGGGCAACUGAAGGGUCUGUCACACUCCGAGAAGAAAAGCGUGCUUCAAGUUGCUGCGGCACGUGAUGCAGAUGACCUAAAGCUAUUUACCAGACUGACUCCCUACUUUCGCGGAAACCAUCACUUGGAAGAAGUAAUGUAUUACGAGAGUUUGACAAGAUCUCAACUGUUGACACUGAUCGAUAAGUUCAGAGAUGUUUUGUUUUUGUGUCAGCAUGAAGACCCAGUGACCGUGUACUUCCACAAUAGAUAACACGUCACACUGACUUAACCAGCGAGAGGAUAACAUAUGAUAUACAUGUGGACUUUUGUUAUUUCCAGUGACUGAGAAAUACAAAUUUUUUUUUUUUUGCUUAACUGACCGGAGACUGUCGAAAAAGCAGGAGUGAGAAAGUUAAGGUUUGGGAAGAGAGAAAAAGAUGGAGCUCUUCCGCAGCACGCUGGUUAUUAUUAUUUUUUUUUUUUUUCCACUGUCGCCUUUUAGCCAAGUGAGAAGGCUGGAAAUUUCGCUUCAAUUAGACAAAUAACAACAGUUGCAGAUUCUAAUACUUCCAUGGUAUCUGCUGGGAAUAAUUUUCCUUUUCACAAAUCAUAAACAAAAUAUUAUAUGGAAUCAGUGAGUUGGUGAGAAAAAAAGAAGGAUUCCCCGUGCAAAUGCUCGAGAGUAAUCAAAUAGAUUGAAAGAAAUGUAAUUAGAUGAAGUCAAGUAAAAUGAAUUGAAUUGUGAGAAUUUGUGAACGACGUCAUUCUCUAGUGGCAGUCCUUAAAUGCUGUUCACAUCAAGAACACUGUUUGAAUUGAAAACACGUUAUCCCUAGGAAGAUAAACUUGGUGUGAAUCGACGUGUAAUACCUAAAAUUCAGGAUAAAAUUCAAAAUAGUCCGGUUUAUGCGGUAGCUUGCCACCCCUCUACCUAUUCCAUUAUUUCUCCGUGUGAGGGAUACUUAGGGGAAAAAAUUGGUACAAAUACAGAAGUAAUCAAAGAAACAUCCAGUAACCUUUUCGUUCUUUUAUUUUAAUAACUUAGUUCUAAUCUAAAGUGAAAAACUUCAAGAAUGCCAAACCUGAAAAACAUGGCCCUACCUUUCCACCAAUAAUUUGAAAAUGGUUGAAAUUUUCUGCCAGAGUAAACAAAGUGCACAUGAACUAUACUAAAUCACGAACCCUACCUUGCAGAGUGCACUUUGGUAAUAAUUCUUAAUCAUGUAACAAAUCACUUUAUCACUUUGUAUAGGAAAUGAACUUAGCUGCUAAGAUGAAAAGAUGUCAUGUGAUCUAUUGGAAACUCCAGCUGAUUUACUUGUUUUGCACCCCAACGAGUUUGUUAUCUACCUGACAAAUUAAGACAUUUCUUUUAAGAACGAACAAAUCAAUGGAAUUUGAGUUGGGGAUGCAGUAGGACAGGAAGGGGUCUUGCAACUUCUGAGGCUUUCAAGAGAUCACUGGCAUAUCCAAAAUACAAAUUAAACAAUGGACAACACUAAAUCAAACUCAAAGUUUACAAAACAACGUUCUAUUUUUAACUUACAUGUCACGCUCUGCUCGUAAGAGCAAUUGUAGUAAGACAGAAUCUGCAAAACCCACCUACCUUAC